CAACUCAUCAUCUAUCGCAAACCUGAAAACAAUACAAAGGGCAAUACAGAGAGAGAGAGAGAGAGAGAGAGAGAGAGAGAGAGAGAGAGAGAGAGAGAGAGAAUGGCAAGGUGGUUUGUUACAUUGCUUGUAAUCGCUCUGGCAGUCGCUCAAGUCACUGCCAGAACCGUGCCAAGUGACGCGGGUUUGGAUGACCAAAAGAAUGUGGUCACGUUCGGUGGACUCGGCGGCUACGGCGGGAUCGGCAGCAACGGGCUGCCGAUAGGUGGGAUUGGUGGCGGAGCAGGUGUUGGUGCAGGCAUUGGUGGAGUCGGCGGUAUUGCAGGUGUAGGUGGAGGUGUUGGGUUGGGAGGUGGCCUAGGUGGCGGCGCUGAUGGUGGCUUGGGACCUUUGGGUGGUCUUGGCGGGAUCGGUGGCGGCGUUGGUAGUGGAACCGGUGUCGGCACCGGCAUUGUUCCGUUUCCUUGAAGUUGUCGUACUUGUAGUACUGCUAGUUUUACUACUAUCUAGUGAUUAACGACGAUAUUCUAAGUUGUAGUGUUUGGUGAUCACUAUAAAGUUUGUUUUGUGUGAGGUAGCUUAGCUAGCUAUAUAUAUAGGGUAUUUGUCUGUCUUUGUGACUUAUGUUUUCGAUCCUUUUAGGUAUUUGCUUAGUUUGUAAUAUUAUUUCCUCAUCUCUUUAAGUUUCAAUCUAUUACGAUAGAACUAUCGUAAAAGUCUGUUGCUUUGUGCUGUGUUAACGUGUUUGUUUUCUUUUCGGAUGUUGGGGUACGUACUCGGUACUCCUAAUGAAUAAAAUUCCUUUCUAAUA